AUGCCCCCGACGCCCAGUGCAAGCUCGAGGGCAGCGCAGAGCUGCGCCAUCGACGACGAGGACGAUGCCAUGCCCACCAUGCGCUUCCCGCUGCCGUCGGGCUACUUCGGAGACGUGACGGUAUCCGCGUCCAAGCGCCAGGAAUACAGCGACAUCGUUCAAUGCCGAGUCAACUCAAUGCUUGCGGACGAGCACCGCCACGCGGAACGACGCGCGCAGCAGCAGCCAGUGGUGCAGGAGACGGAGUGGAAGUUCUUCCGGCGCAUGGGCGGCCUCAAGGUCUACCAGCGGCGGCUUCGGGGUCGGUCCAAGCAGGAGGUGGCAGCAGAGGAGGACUUCCCUGAGGCGGCAGUGGCGGUGGAGAGAGGGAACCCCAGUAUGCUAGCGGACGGAGCAGUGAGCGGGACGAUAGAGGACAUGCUCUACGGCAUGAGCGCGACGACGCAGGAGGAGAUGAUGACGGGGUUGUCCUUCACCGCUCCGCCGCAAGACGCGGUGCUACUCAGUGUCGUGGAGCGCUCGACGGUCCAGGACCCACUACACUCGGCCGAGCUCUUGUGGGUCCUAACGAAGCUUCCGAUCCUGCACCCGCGAGACGUUUGCUACCUCAAAGCGACGGGUGUGGAGCGUGACGGCAAGGGGAGACCAUACGGCUACAUGGUGCUGCAUUCGGUAGAUCUACCCGAGUGUCCUCCGUUCGACUAUCGGAAGACCAAGAUUCUACGCUCCAAGAUGUACUUCUCCUUCCUGUUCCGGGAGACCGCCCCUGGCUACGUGGACGUAAUGGGGCGCGGCAUCUUCGACUUGGCCGGCGGGGAGCUGCUCAAGUUAGUGCUGCCGCACGCCACGACGUCCGUCAUCGACGGGUUACUGCGAGGCGUGAGUUGCGGCGAGGCCAAGAAGCUGACGCUGCUAGCGCUAAGAAACCACGACACGCGACGACAGCCUGCCAAAACCAUCUCCAAGCACUCCGUGUGCUCCGCCUGUAUCCGUGGGAGGAAGGGAAUCCUCCCGGGUGUGCGUUUGCGCUCGUGUGGCGUAUGUGGCGUCCCCAUCUGCAAGAACUGCAAGGUGAAGGACACGCGUGUGUUCCUGGGGACACGACAGCCGUGCCGCGACGUCGCGUGUUGUCCAACAUGCGCGCCGCAGGCGAACUGCAUCACGGGGGUGCGUCUGGGUGAACCGGAGUUCGUGGUGGUGGCGGAGUUCUACAGCAAGAACCGGCCGACCUCGUCCUCCUCGUCUUCCGGUCGCUCGGCUGUAGCACCGACGCUCUCCACGCCUUCAGUGCUUACGUCCGCCCGGCACAUCGAGCAGACUGAAGUGGUGGCCGGCAAUAACGAGGCGUGGAGGUCCGAGCCGCCCUCGCUGCUUUCGGACGCUAGUCAAGCCUGCUCCUCGGUGGACGUGACCAACUCGACGGUCGACGAUAGCUGUGCCGGCUUCGACUUCGACGUCAGCUACUCCGGGACGCUCAGCGACCUCAACUCGGGCCCAGGGGUCAAGGCCUGGGGCGGCAGCUACCGAGGACACCCCGACGACUUCGCCAAGCCAGCGGCGGCCAAGCCCCGACCCAACAGCAUGCUCGAGUGGAUGAUGGAGCUCCAGUCGUCCGCCGAGGAGGCGUACAUCACGGCCAAGGCCAACGAGGAGAUCAUGAAGAGGUCCAUGCGUUGGCCAGCUGGUGCGAAUCUUGCAUUGCGCGCGUCCAGCGUAGCAGUCACGCAUGACGUUGGUCUCAAUCGAGUUAAAGAUCCGUCCAACUUGGUCAAGGCACCGCUCCCUCAGUCGCCAACUCGCCCCAUGAGUCCCAGCCCAAGCCCAGCCGAGGGCUGGCUCACUUCCGCGAUGCAGCAGCCGGCGCUGCGACCCGUGGGCGUCCCGCUGUCGCCGGGCUGCUUCCAGCCCUCGGCGCUGCAGCACCAGCAGUUCACGGACCUGGUCAGAUACCAGGUCGACACCAUGCUGAACGACGAGGCCCGCUACGCCCAGCGGCGCGCCCAGCAGCAGCCGUUCCUGCAUGCAGGCGAGUGGAAACAGGUCAAGACGGAGAAGGGGCUCACGUUCUUCCGCCGUCUACGCAGAGGUCGGUCGCUGCGAGAGUUGGCGCUGGAGGAGGACCUCCCGGAGAUCCGACGCGCGGCAGAACGCGGCUACACGAGCAUGAUUUGCGACGGCCACGUGGACGGCAGCCUCGAGGACAUGAUGCUGGGCAUGACGGCGUCCUCCCAAGAGGACCUGAUGACGGGCUUCUCGUACAAGAACCCACCUAGAGACUGCGUCUGGCUGGGGACGGUCGAGUCCGCCACGCCCAAGGACCCGUUCCACACUGCAGACUUGAUCUGGGCAUUGCCAAAGCUCCCACCGAUGGUGGACCAGGUGGACGUGUGCUACCUCAAAGCUACGGGCGUGGAGCUGGACGAACACAACAACCGCUACGGCUACUUGGUGCUGCACGGGGUGCACAUCGCCCAGUGCCCGCCUUUCGAAGCGCACGGGAUCUCCAGAGCCAAGAUGUUCUUCGCCUGCCUGUUCCGAGAGCCGACGCCGGGCGUGUUGAAGGUGACGGUGCGCGGUAUCUUCGACCUGAGCAAGAAGGUGCGCAUGCUCAAGAAGCUCGUGACGGCGGCCACGACGUCCAUCAUGACGGGCUUCGUCAACGGCGUCGGCAUCGGGCAGGCCAAG